ACAUGGAGAGUCGAAAAGUGAAGACGAAAGUGGCUGCUGGCUUCAAAAUGCGGGGGCUAAUACUUCGCCCCGAAGCCAGCAGGUAUCUGGUGGAGGUUUUGGAGUCCGUGAGCCCUGUGGAUCUGGAUGAUGUAAUUGAGAAGGUGCUAGAUGCAGUGGAGAAGCAGCCAUUGUCCUCAAGUAUGAUUGAGCUGUCUGUGGUGGAGACAGCUGUUCAGGAGUGCAGCCAGUCAUGUGAUGAAACCAUAGACAAUGUCUUCAACAUUAUUGGAGCAUUCAAUGUGCCGAGGUACAUCUACAGCUCUGAGAGGAAGAAGUUUGUCCCAAUCUCCAUGACCAGUCACCCAACCCCAAGUCUCUGUGGCACUGCCAGGGACAAGGCAGAGCUGUUCAGGGAGCGCUACACCAUCCUGCAGCAGCGAACACACAGACAUGAGCUCUUCACCCCUCCCGUGAUUGGAUCAGUGCAGGAGGAAAGUCGAAACAAAUUUCAGCUGAAGACAGUGGAGGCUUUGCUGGGGAGCACAGCAAAGGUUGGGGAGGUGAUCGUGCUGGGGAUGAUAACACAGCUAAAAGAGGGCAAAUUCUACUUGGAGGACCCCAGUGGAACAGUGCAGCUGAACAUUUCCAAAGCCCAGUUCCACAGUGGUCUGUACACAGAGUCAUGUUUUGUCCUGGCAGAAGGUUGGUAUGAGGACUCAGUUUUCCACAUCAACGCCUUUGGCUUCCCACCUACAGAGCCCUCCACUACCACAAGGGCCUACUAUGGGGACAUAAACUUCUUUGGUGGUCCCUCGUCUACUUCAGUGAAGGCUUCGGCCAAGCUACGGCAGCUGGAGGAGGAGAAUGAAGAUGCCAUGUUUGUCUUCGUCUCGGACUUGUGGCUGGACAGCGUGGAGGUUCUGGAGAAGAUCCACACCAUGUUUUCAGGAUACUCAGCCAUGCCUCCCACCUGCUUCAUCUUUUGUGGGAACUUCUCCUCUGCUCCAUAUGGCAAAAACCAAAUCAAAUCCCUCAAAGAGUCUUUGAAGGUGCUAGCAGAUCUGAUCUGUGAAUACCCUAGCAUCCACAGCAGCAGUCGCUUCGUGUUUGUCCCAGGCCCUGAAGACCCCGGCCCCUGUACAAUCUUACCCAGACCCCCCCUGGCUGACUACAUCACAGAGGAGUUCAGACAGAAAGUUCCAUUCUCUGUUUUCACCACCAACCCAUGCAGGAUCCAGUACUGCACUCAGGAGAUUGUGGUGAUCAGAGAGGACCUGGUGAACAAAAUGUGCAGAAACUGCGUGCGCCUGCCAAGCAGCAAUCUGGAUAUACCCAACCAUUUUGUGAAGACCAUCUUGUCCCAGGGUCACCUGACCCCCCUGCCACUGUACGUCAGCCCGGUUUUCUGGGCCUACGACUAUGCCCUGAGGGUGUACCCUGUGCCGGACGUGAUCGUGUUUGCUGACAAAUACGACCCGUUCAACAUCUCCAACACCGACUGCCUCUGCAUUAACCCGGGUUCCUUCCCAAGAAGUGGGUUCACUUUUAAGGUGUACUACCCUUCCAACAGAACUGUGGAAGACAGUAAACUUCAAGGACUUUAAAUGGAACCAAGAAUGGAGAUGGACUUUUUUUGUUUCUAUCAGCCAGC